GCUGUUCCGACCAAGGAAAUCGAGAACAAAAAUAAAAAUCAAAUAAAAAUAGGGUGCCAAAAAAGACGAGCUUUCAGCCAAGCUUCUUUCCACACCCACUUUGUUCCCCUUAUCGCAAGCCACUGUCGACAACACAAAUCCCCCGACCAAGCAGAAUAUCAAUCCGGAGAGGACGACACCGAACUGCACGAAACCACCACUUAACCUCCGAAAUAAACAUCGUCAACGGCCGAUCCUUCCGGUUUGGCAGCCUCAAUUCCAUCGCCGUCAGCCACAAUGGCUCUCCUCGACGCUGCCGCGCCGCCGGCGGGGGGCCCGACUCUUCUUGGCAUGUCCAUGAAGCAGGUUUCUCUGAUCACGCUGACCUUCCAAAACUCAGCGUUGAUUCUGAUCAUGCAUUACUCCCGCAUCAUGCCUCCCGUGGGCGACCACCGAUACUUCACAUCCACCGCCGUCUUCCUCAACGAGGUCAUCAAGCUGUCCAUUUGCUUGACCUGUUCCAUCGCUGAAGUCUCGCGGACCUUGGCUCCUUCGACGCCUGCCACUGUCAUUUUCGAGCAGAUCUUCAAUUCUGUCUUCUCGGGCGACGGCUGGAAGCUUGCCAUACCCGCCACACUAUACACUCUGCAGAACACCCUGCAAUACAUUGCCGUUGGUAAUCUGGACGCCGUGCACUUCCAAGUGCUUUACCAGCUCAAGAUCCUCACAACAGCAGUCUUCUCCGUCACGAUGCUCCGACGCGCGCUCGGCAUGAAGCGUUGGAUCUCACUCUUCAUCCUGACCCUGGGAGUCUCCAUUGUGUCGCUUCCCCAACCCUCUUCCGGAAACCAUGCCGAAUCCUCUUCUGCCGGCAUCCUCCUGCACGAUACCACAGACCAUUUCUUCCCCCGUUCCGUGCACGAGCUAGGUCAAGCCGCCGAGGGCGCUUCUGAGGUGGCCCGCGAGCUCACCAAGCGCGCCGCAGACGGUCUUGCUAGCGUUGGCGGAGAAAUCGUGAAGCGGUCGGCCUCGUACCAGGGCAUCCAGGAGGACCAGGAUCCGUCGCCGCUCAUGAACUACUCUAUCGGAUUGUCAGCCGUGCUCGUGGCUGCCGUCGCCUCGGGCCUCGCGGGUGUUUAUUUCGAGAAGAUGCUCAAGGAUUCGCCGACCCCGGCUUCCGUCUGGACGCGCAACAUCCAGCUGUCAUUCUACUCGCUGUUUCCCGCUCUGGCCGGCAUCGUCUUCCUUGAUGGCGAAGACAUUACCAAGCAUGGCUUCUUUGAGGGCUACAACUCGGUUGUCUGGACCGCGAUUGUUUUUCAGGCCGUCGGCGGCGUCCUGGCCUCGCUAUGCAUCAACUAUGCCGACAACAUUGCAAAGAAUUUCGCAGCUAGCAUCAGUAUCGUUCUAAGCUUCAUGUUCAGUGUUUGGUUCUUCAAUUUUCAAGUCAAUUUCGCUUUUAUUAUCGGCACUGCGCUGGUCCUGGCCUCGACCUACCUCUACAGCAUCCCUGAGCGCAAGGGCCGCCCGCCACCAAUCACCAUCGCGAGCUACGAGAAGGCCAUGAUCGACCCUGCUUACACGCCCGCGGUCACGGAUGAGGCCAAGCUCAACCUGGACCCACUCGAUGCGGUUCGCGGCAUGGGAUUGUCGUCGUCUAGGCCAGCGUCGCCCAUGUUGCACCACCACCGCGUUCCCUCGGCUAGGGGCAAGAACCGCGAUGACUAACCUGGACGCUAUCGUCGCUCGAGUAAUGCCAGUUUUCAAUUUAUUUUGUUUACGACAGUGCUGCGAACGGCGGCCGGUCGAGUCGGUG